ACAAAACAAAAAUAAAUCUAAUGCAAUGGAUGUUCCUGUUCUUGUUAAACAACUAGAGCAACAGGAAUUAGAGUCUCCUGGGGGAGUGGCAACGCCAGAGGUUUAUGCUAAACUUAUGGUUCUUUAUCUUCUUCAAAAUGAUCUAAAUAAUGCAAGGUACUUGUGGAAAAGAAUACCAGAAUCAGUUAGGACAGCAAACCCUGAUCUAGGCCAAAUAUGGGCAGUUGGACAAAAAUUAUGGCAGAGAGAUUAUGGCGGUGUUUACACACAUCUUAAUCAUGAUUGGUCAGAGAGUAUUAAGGAUGAAAUGACAGAACUGACCAGUGUUAUAAAACAACGAAUGUUUAACCUUGUAUGCCAAGCAUACUCUUCCAUAGAGGCCGACAGAUUUGCAUCAAUGGUGGGAAUGCCGGUAGAAAAAGCAAUUCAAGCUGUGAUUGCUGAAGGCUGGGAGUAUAACGAGUCAUUAAAAAUGAUAUUACCCAAAGAGCAAACAAUAAGGCAAGAGGUUCCCCUUCCCAGUGAGCAGCAAAUUAUUCAACUUACAGAUUUUGUAUCAUUUCUUGAAAAUUAAAAGAAAUAUGAAAAGAAGCACUGUUUAAACAUUAACACUGGUGGCACUAUGAUUUGUCUGACCGGAGCAUAAGUGGUUGAGGUCAGAGGCCACCUUAGAAAACCUAUGGGUGAGGGUUAGGGGAGAAGCUGUUGGAAGCUUCAACAAUUAAGGGUUUUGAAAGGCUUACUCAAUUUUGGGAUCCCAUAAUCUGUAAAAAUUAGUCAUUUUCCUCCAUGAUGGGGCCCUGCAAACUGGCACAACCACCUAAGAUUUAUAAUACAGUAGGCAGUAGUGGUGUAUUUUUUGUACAGGUAUUUGGCAGCUGCAAAAAAAUAUGGCAGAGUUUAAACAAGACUUUCGCGAACAUGCCAAUAGUGUUUGCUAAAUAAGGAUUUAUCAGCAAACAAAAACAAAAAUAUAAAAGAAAAGUUUAAAAAGUAUGUGUUUUCAUUAAUUUUAUUAUGAAAAAACUUGUGAAUACAAUACAGUAUUAAAAUUUUCUGUUAUACUCUACAACAAUAAUACCCCUUGUGUGGAAUGUAAUCAUAAAAAGCGAAAAAUAAAGUUACAGUAAAAAUCA